UCAGAUAUGCUGGAUACCAGGUCAUUCUAAUAUCAUAGGAAAUGGGAUGGCUGAUAAGGACUUGGCCACAUCGAGGGACCUGAAUAGCCAAAAUCGGUGGCCGUUAUGUGCUUGAGCUUCACGGCGGCAGCGGCGGCCGAGACGCAGCAUCAAUAGUGAUCGACGGUGGGAAAGGGAGGGGCGCGCGUGCUACGGCGAUAAGAGUCGACCGCGGGGGGGCACUCGGCGGCGCGGCGAUGACGCGGCCACGUCGGCGGUCAAAGGUCGAGGUGAUAACGACAGCUGYGGUGCACCCAGCAGCAGCGGCAGAACCGAAUCGAAAACCAUCGCGGCACCUCGAACGCGAUACGACAGUGUGACGGCGUUGGGCGUGUGGCUCGAAACAUAAAACGGUUCACGUUGCCGAAAUAUAUCGUGAUCCGUCCAAAGACGACGACGACGACGAUAUAACAACAGCAAAAAUAAUAACAACGAUAACAAAAACGACAAAAAUUAUAGUUGCAACAUCUGUGGAAAAAAAUUUAAGCAUAAAACAAUUGUAUAAACACUGUCGGGUGGCGGGAGGGCGCGGCGUAGGGCACUUCGCCGCCGCCGGUUUGUCAGCGACGCGUAGCAGCAGAUCCGAUGCGUCCGGCGCUCACGCCGCCGCCGUUCGUCAAAGCCGUCUGCAGCAGCUUUACCACCGCGUCGUGUUCUCAUCGGACCAGCCGCAGCCGCAGCCGCAGACGCCGACGUAUCCGUAACGACAACGCACUGCCACCAUGAAACUCCGUGAUCGAGUGGUGAUCGGCUUCUGCCUGUCAUUAGCACUAGUCACCGUGCUCUUCGUGGUCGACCUGCAGAACGAGAAUGUCCGUCGGCAGGCCGUGAUCGUGUCCGACGACGACGGUACGUCACAUUUCCACGGCCGGUCUGACCGGUCCCGGGACGCUAACGAAGCGCAAUCCGCCUGGAACGCGGCCACGUCGUUCAUCGUGUCCACGCUGAUGCCGUCGAGACAACCGGCGCAGCCAACGCGUCCCGGCGCGCCGCAACCUUACCCGCACACCGCCGGCGAACGCCCGAAGCCCGAGGUUCCCGAUCUGUACGCCGCGGAUAGGUUCGCUGAUCUCACCGAGCGCCUGUCCCGAUCGUCCGAAUCACGGUGGCAUCGCGGCAAAGUACCCGACUGGACGRUGGUUCGGGACGUGAUCGUCGACGACACUGUCGUUGACGGGACCACCAGCAACGAGUACAUCGCCGAGUAUUUGGAAGACGGUUUGCGGUAA